AUGCAGGUCUGUAUACAGGUGAAGCCCUCAUCGACAGCCCGGGUCCAGUUCGUAGUAGUGCCCGGGACGAGGCUAGAGGACAUGGACACCUCUGUGUUGAGGCUAGAGAUUGAGGCGAUGCCCAGGCUGUUCCACGACGGUCGACUGCGCCUGCGCUGUGUGGCGACGCAGUACACUCUGUACCGGCGCAGUGCCGAGCUCGACAUACACGAGGACACUCCUCACAUAGCGCCGGUCCUCGGCCCCACAGCGCCUCCAAGCCUCGAACCGACAGGUGGUGCUGUGCGUCCGAGAUCGAGAUGUCUUCCAACAUUUCUCAUCACAUUAGUCACAUGGUGCUUGUCACGUGACAUGAUGUUCAUUCUCUGGAGGUAGCCUUCAGGGACCUAGAGUCACGGCUGUGACGGGAACUGUGCCAUUCAACGUUUCGAUAGCAAUAUGUAACAAUCGAUUCUUGAAUUUAAGUGAUGCGACAAAUAUCGAACACAACGGCUUUUACGGAGAUGUAACCGCUUUUACCUUCGGAACCGAACUUGUAAGAUUCGGUCGAAUUCCUUUCCGGAUGUGAACCGAGGAGCUACCUAAAAUUAAAUCUGUACUUAGGGUAAAAAUAUUAAAUGAUAAAGGGAAAUUCUCACUCUUUAUGAGAGUAGCACCACACAUCGAGUAAUAUUAAUCGAGUGUUAAUCUAGAGUGCUUAGCACUUUUAAUAUUCGGUCAUAACAAAUUUAUUCGGUUUCAUUUUGCAACAUAGCUGGGACCUCUUGGAGGACACGAACCUUGUACCAGAACUUCCAGACAUUCCAUCCCUUAUCCUGAGCUCUCGGUUAGUGACCUUGAAUCCAACCAUGCACAAAACACAUUAAACAUAAUUCUUAAUCACCUACCACAAGAAAAUAACGGCAUAGGAAAUAAUUUUUCUUCAAAAUUGAAGGAUAAGAUAUAAAUAAUAAGGAUCGUUUUCCUCUCUUGACUUCUUAUUGCUUGCAAUACUUGUGCGUGUGGCUCGUAAAAAAGGUUAAAUUAGGCAAUAUUUAGUUCUGUACAGGUAAAUGUACACCAAAGUCCUUAAAAUUUUACGUAUAAAAUUAAUAUUUAAUUAUUAAUCUUUCACUUUUAUUUAUCAUUGCUGAUAAUAACAAUGAAGUUAAACAACAAUAAGUGAAUAACUCAUAGCAGAUCUUUAUUUAAUCUGUAUGCAGUUCUUUUGCAACAAAGAUAAUAGUAUUGUAAUUAUUAUCUUUUGACUUUAUACAGUUUAAUCAAAUUCUUCGCUCUUCUCAAGUAAUUUACAAAAUAGCAAAUAACUUAUUUUUAGACCAAAGGAUGGGGUGACGUAAGAUAAAUCUUUAGAUGCACUCUAAGAAAUUAAUGGUUGUAAUAAUAAAUUGUUUCUCCCUCCCCACUUCUUCUCAGUAUACAAACUCUAUACUAUUACUUCCUACAGUAACACAAGGUUUUGAAAAUCGUCAAUGGUAACUUUAUCUCUAUAAUAUGUACAUAUUUCUCAAUAUUUCACUUUAUAUAAUUUAAAGAACACGCAAUACACCGUAACAAACUUUCACGUAAAUAUGUAAGAAGUUAUUUUUUGUACUAUAUUAUAGUUAUUACAGGGAUAUAUUUUGGUUAUUUUAAAUGUGUGAAAGGCUCAGUUUUUUACACAGGGGGACCCAAAAGUUUCGCCCUCACCGUAACUUACGAAUAAAUACCUUUAAUUUAACAAUAUUUUUGAUGAAGUUAAUUAAUAAUAUAAUAUUUUUAAUUCUAUUAGGGACAUGAACCAUCAUCGAACUCUGUAUACAAUUAAGCCGUACAACCGAGUAUCAGAGGACCCGAGUACUAGCCUUUGCUCAAGUCUAUGGCUUAUAUAAUUAUCGGGGAUGUAAUGUGGACUGAUUCUAUUAGGGACAUGAACCAUCAUCGAACUCUGUAUACAAUUAAGCCGUACAACCGAGUAUCAAAGGACCCGAGUACUAGCCUUUGCUCAAGUCUAUGGCUUAUAUAAUUAUCGGGGAUGUAAUGUGGACUGAUUCUAUUAGGGACAUGAACCAUCAUCGAACUCUGUAUACAAUUAAGCCGUACAACCGAGUAUCAAAGGACCCGAGUACUAGCCUUUGCUCAAGUCUAUGGCUUAUAUAAUUAUCGGGGAUGUAAUGUGGACUGAUUCUAUUAGGGACAUGAACCAUCAUCGAACUCUAUAUACAAUUAAGCCGUACAACCGAGUAUCAAAGGACCCGAGUACUAGCCUUUGCUCAAGUCUAUGGCUUAUAUAAUUAUCGGGGAUGUAAUGUGGACUGAUUCUAUUAGAGACAUGAACCAUCAUCGAACUCUAUAUACAAUUAAGCCGUACAACCGAGUAUCAAAGGACCCGAGUACUAGCCUUUGCUCAAGUCUAUGGCUUAUAUAAUUCUCGGGAUGUAAUGUGGACUGAUUCUAUUAGAGAUAUGAACCAUCAUCGAACUCUAUAUACAAUUAAGCCGUACAACCGAGUAUCAAAGGACCCGAGUACUAGCCUUUGCUCAAGUCUAUGGCUUAUAUAAUUCUCGGGGAUGUAAUGUGGACUGAUUCUAUUAGGGACAUGAACCAUCAUCGAACUCUAUAUACAAUUACGUCGUACAACCGAGUAUCAAAGGACCCGAGUACUAGCCUUUGCUCAAGUCUAUGGCUUAUAUAAUUAUCGGGAUGUAAUGUGGACUGAUUCUAUUAGGGACAUGAACCAUCAUCGAACUCUAUAUACAAUUAAGCCGUACAACCGAGUAUCAAAGGACCCGAGUACUAGCCUUUGCUCAAGUCUAUGGCUUAUAUAAUUAUCGGGGAUGUAAUGUGGACUGAUUCUAUUAGGGAUAUGAACCAUCAUCGAACUCUAUAUACAAUUAAGCCGUACAACCGAGUAUCAAAGGACCCGAGUACUAGCCUUUGCUCAAGUCUAUGGCUUAUAUAAUUAUCGGGGAUGUAAUGUGGACUGAUUCUAUUAGGGACAUGAACCAUCAUCGAACUCUAUAUACAAUUAAGCCGUACAACCGAGUAUCAAAGGACCCGAGUACUAGCCUUUGCUCAAGUCUAUGGCUUAUAUAAUUAUCGGGAUGUAAUGUGGACUGAUUCUAUUAGGGACAUGAACCAUCAUCGAACUCUAUAUACAAUUAAGCCGUACAACCGAGUAUCAAAGGACCCGAGUACUAGCCUUUGCUCAAGUCUAUGGCUUAUAUAAUUAUCGGGAUGUAAUGUGGACUGAUUCUAUUAGAGACAUGAACCAUCAUCGAACUCUAUAUACAAUUAAGCCGUACAACCGAGUAUCAAAGGACCCGAGUACUAGCCUUUG